AUUCUGUGUAAGGUUCUACUUACAGUCAAUAGGGUAAGGCUGCAGGCAAUGCACCGGUCAAACGGUCAUUGACCGAAGGAUGGUUUGAGAACCAAUUGAAGUUUGGAGGAAAGUUUUGGCAAAAUAGAAUUUUAAAACUAAUUGAGACAACUUAUUUUGCAUUUAUUUCUUUUGCGCUUUCAAAACACACGUUGAAUCUGUUGCAGAGUCAAUUGGUGGCGCGAACAGACGUAACAUUUUUAGGUCACGCCUUUUUACCGCCAGAAAAUACAUCUGCAAAGAGAAUACUGUUCGUGUUCCAUGGUUUCAAAAAUUUCUCGACAUUUAUUCGACAUUUUAAAUAGAAAUAUUAUUGUUAAGCUGUAAUGUGAUUGGUAUUCUAGCAAAGUCGUAUGCGAUAAUUACCAUUGACCCAAACAAAUAACUGUCUCGAUUUAUUGCAUUUUGCACCCCUUAUACCGUGGCCACUACCUAGCCACGUCCUGUCAAAGGUGAUUGCCUAAAAAUUAGAGAAAAGUUUUAACGGGGUGAAAUUUAACCGGAGGAAGGUUGAGGACUUUUCUGGACUCUGGUCACUAGCUGUUCUGCUUCGCUAAGACAUUUAUCUUUUGCAGUACAAUGAACGAACAAUUGAAAAUAUUCUGGAAAAGGUAGAAAUUGUGUUAGACAAUAAUAAAUGCUUUGUCGUUAAACUUGGCUUUUCCAUUAAAAUUGGCUUUACCACGAAUAUUGGUGGCUUGCCUGCAGCUUUUUUUUAAGAAAUUGUUUGAGCCUGUUGUCAUGGUGCUUUGAAUAGGAUUUGUCGAAUGCGCAGGUUCUCACAUUCGUUAAUGUCAUGUCUAUUCAGGAAACUGCUGAGUGAUUGGUCUUUCUUAAAUCACCAUUCAAGUUAACUUUCGUAGAAUUUUUGUUAUGAUUUAUUAAUAUUCGAUUUCCUUCAGCAACUCGACAUCGCUAUGUUUUUUCAGAAUCACGCAAAAAUGAAACUUCUGUUUGUUAUCGCUGUCAUCGCAGUUAAAGUGUGCGCCUCGCAGCGAUAUAAAUCUUGUUCAACAAACAAUUGCCCUCCCUACGCGCAAUGUGCAGAAGACACUGGCUCUGGCUCCUACUUGUGCCUUUGUCGUGCAUAUCAUCGAUUCACCAAUAAAACAUGGCCACAAGGAUGCAACGAUUCUUUCGUUCCGAUUGGGAUUUCCAUUCAAGAAAAUAAUGGUGUCAGUCCGGACCAAGCCUAUUCUAAGAUCCCCGACUCUAAAAUGAAUGCAACUCGCGAGGUAGGAAAUUACAAAGCAGCAUCAGCUCGUCUUCAUUAUAAAGGGACAGGCAACACCGCAUGGUGCGCUCCGACUGACUCCACUAACGACGUUUUAGAAGUUGAUUUAGGUACUUCUUCAAACAUAACAAUGAUCGCGACACAAGGCGUUGGAAGGGAACCUAUUCUGCAAUAUACAAAGGAAUUUCGACUUGAAUAUUCGAACGAUCGCUCCCUUUGGAAAAGUGUCACAGAGGAUGGUAGUGGCUCUGGACCCGGUCAGGUUUUCAUUGGUAAUAAAGGAGCAAACAGCAACGAUGAUGUGUUUUACAAUAAACUAAAGCAUGUAAUAUUUGCGAGAUACGUCAGAGUGAUUCCAAUUCAAUGGCAGACAAAGAAAUGCCUUCGUUUUGAGUUAUAUGGUCAACGAGAAAUUGAUGAAUGCCAAUAUCCAAGCUGGAACAUCUGCGACAAAACUUAUGCUAAAUGCACAGACAGAUUUGCAGCAUACAAAUGCCACUGCAUCACUGGCUAUAGCAGUUUAACAGGCCUCGGUGCACUUUGCUUGGAAAUUGACGAAUGCUCUCAAGGAACACACAACUGCAGCCGUUUCGCAAGUUGUGAUAAUAAUCCGGCCGGAAGUUUUACGUGCACUUGCAACAGUGGGUAUCACGGAGAUGGCUACUACUGUGAAGAUAUCAACGAGUGCCAAUCAAGCCCCUGUCAUGUCGACGCUGACUGUUUAAAUCUGGAGCCAUUUUACAGAUGCUUAUGCAAGGCUGGCUUUGCUGGCGAUGGCAAAUCAUGCACCGACAUUGACGAAUGCAGUGAAGGGACACACAACUGCAACAGAAUGGCCACUUGCACAAACACCAAAGGAUCCUUUAAAUGCACUUGCAAUCAAGGAUGGCUAGGAAAUGGUCGCCUCUGUCAAGAUGCAGACGAAUGCCAGCUUGGUACUCAUAGUUGUCACCAAUUUGCAGUGUGCACCAAUAACCAAGGCAGCUACAGAUGCGAUUGCAUCAAGGAUCUUUUUAAAGGAGAUGGUUUCUAUUGCCAUGAUGUCGAUGAAUGCUCUCUUGGAAAAGACAAACAUAAAUGUAAAGAAUCCGAGAGAUGUUACAAUCUUGUCGGCUCUCACAAAUGUCAAUGUCCAAAAGAAAUUCCGAUGCAGUCAAUAUUUAUUGAUACAGAGACCCUUUUGUUUGGAAAGAUAGCGGACGAGUUAAGUCGUGUAUCAGAAGAGGACUCUGACAACCCAAUCGACGAUCUUGCCCAAAAAAUGAGGACGAUCUACCAACUGGCAAAAAAUGUGUACUCUUAUCAUUUUAAGGAAACCAUUCAAUCGUUCUACACCGUGCAUGUUUCUAAAAAUAAACUAGCGUUGGAAAUGUAUGAUUUUCGAUGCACGGAUGUGAAGAAAAUGACAUUCCCGAAUCACUGUCAUUCCAACUACAGCAAUGAACAAUUUUGGACAACAAUAACGGACAAAGUUGAUGUUCAGUUUGUUGGGGAAAGUACCGUUGCAUUUGAGCAAUGGGCCACUCCACCGCCUUCAACUCAACCGCCAACAACUGCCCAAUCUACAGCAACCUCGUUCGGAAAUUCUACAAACGUCACAACAACCCAGAGCCCUAAUGUGACCAUGUCCACAAAGGUCACCGAAAUCGACUGGAGUGGAAAACCUUGCAAACGACAGCGAUUCAUUGGAAAUCGAGGUCACUUUUCAUCGCCUCUUUUUCCAAAUUAUUACCCUUUGAACACUAUGUGCGAAUAUUUGAUUGAGGUUGAUGAACUGAGGGAUGUGUACAUUAAUUUUACGUACUUCCAACUUGAAAAAGAUCGAAAAUGUGCUUACGACAACGUGAGGAUAUAUGAUGGAACAACGGAAAAUAAUCGGCUAAUUGCUCAGUACUGUGGUAGUGAUGGUCUUCCUGUUGCAGUGCGAUCUUCUGGUCGCUAUAUGCUGGUUGUGUUUAGGUCGGAUAGCAGAUAUGUCAUGCGAGGAUUCAAUGCGACAUGGGUCGCUUUAGAGCCAAGAGUUUCUGUUACAUGCAUGUUGUAUAAUCCAUUGAGUUACACUUCAGAUCCAGAACUUCAUACCAAGUACCUGGCGAGGAUAUUUGAAGCGGAUCGAACAAAGUUUAUUCCAAUAUCAAGAAUGAUGGCUUGUGUCCAAUAUCCCCAGUGCAAUGUCUCAUUGCCGAAGCCAGUCGAGUUCACAUUUGAACAUACCAUUAAUGACCGUGAAGAAAAACAGUGCAUACAUUGGAAUAUAGACGCCUUUGGAACAACUUGGUCUCCUCAUGGCUGUACGCUUGCAUUAACAAACAAAACACACACAGUUUGCAAAUGUUGGCCCUAUGGCAUUGUAGCGGUGCUGGGAAGAGAUAGACCUUAUUUUCCUCCACCAAAACCGAAAAUUGCUUUCAAACUUGGGAACAACUGCUUGAUAUCAUUAAUACUUGUGGUUCUAACCCUGAUUGGAACACUUAUCUUCUUGACCUUCAAAGACAACUGGAUUCCAUAUUUCAUGACAAUUCUAAUAGACAAGGAUUACGACUCGGGAAGGAUUAUUCAAAUGCAUGUUGUCCUCAAUGUGCUCAUUACGGAAAUGGUUUUCUCAUCUGUCACAUUUCAUAUGCAAGCAAGCCCGGGCAGCUGUUUUUUUAUGGCGUUUCUUUUCUACUACUUUCUGCAAACGGUGUUUUUUUGGUUAUUCAUCUACACGCUGUUUCUUCAGAGUAGAAUUUCACCAAUUUUUGAUUCAAGGAAAUACAAUAGUUACAAAAUAUAUCUUGCGAUGGGCUAUGGGAUCCCGUUUUUAGUGACGCUGACAGUGACUGGUUUGAAUUUCAAGAGGAUAACAAACGAAAGAAUGUGCUGGAUCUUGUUCAAUGGCACCACGGUCUGGGGCUACUCAGGCUCUGUCUGUACACUGGCUAUGGGAAGUGUCGUCCUUCUUUUGGUAACAAUUUAUCACGCAAACAGCAUAGAAAACGGCAUUUUGUUACAGGAAAAGUGCUUAAAGAACAUGUUUACAACAGUGUUCUGCUUGUUUGCCGCGGUAUUUGGCGCACGAGCGGUGCAGACUGGUCAAUAUGGUGCCCAGUAUCUAUUUUCCCUGUGCAACAUUUUACAGUGCUUCUCGAUAUUACUAAUUUAUUGCAUCCUAACAAGAGAGCAACCAAUGGUUCAAACAAAUAAAGUAGCACCUUCAGAUGAACCAAAUGAACCAUCAGGGCUUGGAAUGCUUGCAGAGAUUGCCAUGAAGAAGCAUCAAGAGGAAAUGAAGAAGGUAGAUCUUGACAAUCUUUUUAGUGGAGAGGUUUCACCAGAUUCUCUAAAAGGUUUCAAGGGAAAGUCGGCUGACUAUCGUGCUGGGUCCCGUGCAGAAUCUGGUAUCGCAUCGCAGAGUGGGGAGGAUUCUGACAGUGGUGAAGAAGAUCGAGAAGACGGAAGAAUUCACUUCAGAUUCGAUGAAUAUCAGCAAAUGAAAGAAAUCGAACAAAUGGAGCUGCAGCAACAACAAUACCAAGAAACGAACGAGGCUCAGUUUUAAAUAGAAAAAUUCUCAAACUUCAGUCUUGAGCUGCACUUUAAUUUCUUAUUUUUCGUAAACCGAACUAUUUUUUGCAAAAAUAGAAUUGGUUUAGACCGAAUUAUAUCUUAGAAUCUCAUUUAAUACAUAAAUUUCCUGCGGAAGUAUUUUACGCCAAUGCUGCUUACAUUGAGGUAAAAAUGUAAACGCUAUGGCUUUGAGGAAUGACUGUACAAAAUGUACAUAUGCAUUUUAUGAUUGUAUAUGUUAUUGAUUUAUUGUUUUAUUAGCACGUUUUUUGUUCAAUGUAUCAUUUUAAAGCACUGUUUUUCAGAUUUAAACCUUGUCUUUAUUCCAAAAAAGUAAGUACUUAAGUGAUAAAAAGGUAAGAAAAAAAAUUUCUGUUACUUCAACAA